CCAAUAUUUUAAUAGCUAUUUUCUCUACGAUUUGAUCGAUUUACUCUGUUUGGUUGCUCAGAAAACUGUGGAACGGGAAAGAAAAUUAUUCAACCUCGUUUUGUAAUGCUGUUUUUGCCAUAUUUGGAGCUCUGUUAGAUUUUAUUGAUUCCUUUCAUUUUCUUUCUCACCAACAAGACGUGAACAGCUUGCUCUUGAGAUCUGGUUUGGAAGUGGGGUUUUGGAGAUUUUGAAAUUAGGGUUUUUAAAAGGUUUGAGGAUUUGGAACUAGGGCUUUGAAGAAGAUGAGUGACAAUUUGAUGGAGAAAGUGAGUGCGUUGGGGGAGCGCCUCAGGAUCGGAGGGGUUGAGGUUGGUCGAAAGAUGAGUGAAGGAAUGAGCUCAAUGAGCUUCAAGAUGAAGGAGCUUUUCCAAGGUCCAAACCAGGCUGAGAAGAUUGUGGAUGAAGCUACUGCUGAAACCCUAGAUGAGCCUGAUUGGGCCUUGAACCUUGACCUGUGUGACAUGAUCAAUAAUGAGAAGGUCAACACUGUUGAUUUAAUUCGAGGCAUAAAGAAGCGAAUAAUGCUGAAGAACCCUAGAGUUCAGUACCUGGCUUUAGUGUUGCUUGAGACUGUUGUCAAAAACUGUGAGAAGGCGUUUUCUGAGGUGGCUGCUGAGAGGGUGCUUGAUGAGAUGGUGAAACUUAUUGAUGAUCCUCAAACCGUUGUUAAUAAUCGAAACAAGGCUUUGAUUUUGAUCGAAGCAUGGGGUGAGUCUUCAGAUGAGUUACGAUAUUUGCCUGUUUAUGAAGAAACAUACAAGAGUCUGAAAUCUAGGGGUAUUAGGUUCCCUGGUCGUGAUGAUGAAAGUUUGGCCCCCAUAUUUACCCCUCCCCACUCGGUUUCGGCUUCAGAAUCAAAUGCCAGUCUUGCUCAACAGAUUCAGCAUGAUACUCCCAUUCACAGCUUUACUCCUGAACAAACCAAGGAAGCAUUUGAUGUGGCACGAAAUAGCAUUGAACUUCUGACAUCAGUGUUAUCAUCCUCACCACAACAAGAUGCUUUAAAGGAUGACUUGACAACCACACUUGUACAACAGUGUCAUCAAUCGCAAUUCACUGUCCAGAGCAUCAUUGAGACAGCUGGAGAUAAUGAGGCACUGCUUUUUGAAGCCUUGAAUGUGAAUGAUGAGAUCCAGAAAGUUCUCUCCAAUUAUGAUGAGUUGAAGAAGCCCUCAGUAGUUCCACCUGAGCCAGAACCUGCCAUGAUACCAGUAGCCAUCGAGCCUGAUGAAUCACCUCGUUGUGCAAAAGAAGAUUCCCUGAUUAGAAAACCAGCAGGAUCUCGAGGUGGGGCUCAAGGAGGAAAUAAUGAUGAAAUGAUGGAUGACCUUGACGAAAUGAUCUUUGGGAAGAAAGUUGGGGGUACAUCAGAAGGGGGGCAUGAUGCCAAGAAGCAGCAGUCACCAAAAGAUGAUCUCAUCACAUUUUGAGUUGUCCCAAACAAAACUCUCCAUAUAGAACUUCUUACAUUGUAGUUUAGUACAGGGAUUUGAUGGUGCUGAUAUCAGGCCUAUUAGGUGUUGAUGGCACUCAUGUUUGAUGCUUAAAACAUUUAUGACCUGCAUAAACAGGAUUUGGUGACUUUUCCUUCGAAUACUAUUUUCAUUACUUCCACACAUUUGUGUAAGUAGCUCUUGUUUGAAUUCCACUGAAUAAUUGCUUGACUUAUUAUAUAAAGAAAGAUUUAAUAUGAGCUUAUUUAC